AUGGCCGACAAUGAGAAGGGGGAUGAAGAUAUCUCAACUGAGGAUGGGAUGCUUCAGCCGUCUGACCCAGUGAAGACGGAGAUGUCAAAUACAACGGACUCAGAUCCUCUAGUGAGCGCAGACGAAACCAGUCGCCUACGCGAACUUCAAGCCGAUGUCCGUGAUCAGGAUGACCUCGAGAGGGAUAUUUCUCGUCAGGCCGACAAACUGCUUAUGGAGCAGGCUGAUGAACGCGACAAAAAGCGACUAGAGCGGACUAACCGUGAGAAAGAGAAGGUCGAAGCGCAAAUUCUGAGACUACAUCAACGUUUGUCACAACCAGUUGGGACAGCUGUGCGUGUUCGCCUACAGAAUGAUCUAGGGCAGUUAGAAAUCCGUAACACUGAAUUGGCAAACGACUUGAGAGAGAUACAGAUGCGUAUGGAUGAAAGACAGCAAGAAAAGCAGCGUGAUGCGCAAGAAACCGGCACUGGAAGAUUGCCAAACGAAUCACGGAGAGAUUACCUCAUUCGAACUGGAAAAAUCACACCAUUCUCAACCAUCGGCUCUGGUCCCACGGAGGGGCCCUUUUAUAGCCUUCAUGACACGCUGAUAGAUGUUGAGAGCGAGCGUGAUGAAAAGGAAGUGCUUGAACAAGUUAAGCAGCGUUCAACAGUAUCUCAUCGCAACCUCGUGCGUCCAGGGUUUGGGUUCGAUGAAGCUAGCCGGGUCGACGUUGCUGAGACGCUCGAGCACCCCACGAAGAAACGAAAACUAGAGCCGGAAGAUCGUGUAAAAAGUGUGCAGCCAGUCGAUUUAGACGAGAUACCCGGGAGUCCGUCAAAAGAUGUGCCUUCCGAUGACGGUUCGGGAAGCUAUAUGGUAUCUGAAAACCACGAAUCUUUGUCGGAAGACGAAGAAGAGUUUCUUCCCGAAGAGAGACCGGCACUUUCCACAGCCCAAAGGAAAGUAAAGAAGCCAGAUGAUAUGGAAGACUUCAGUGGGCUAGACGAUGGAAAUGAAUCAAUAUACCAGUCCAGGCUCCAGAAUUGGGUUGAUCGUAGAAGUGCUGCUCGGAGACGUAUUUUAGAGGCGCGAGUGAAAGAUCCAGAGCAUGACACUGAUUCAGUCGAGGAUAGUAUUAACCACCAUGACCUUGAUGAGCAGGAGGAGUGGUUCAUGGCCCAUCCAACUGUACCAGAUUUGGCCUACGAUAAUUCAUAUCGUUUGCCUGGUGAUAUCCAUCCUCUUCUUUUUGAUUAUCAGAAAACUGGUGUGCAAUGGCUGUGGGAAUUGCAACAGCAGCAGGUAGGAGGGAUAAUUGGCGAUGAAAUGGGACUUGGGAAGACUAUACAAGUUAUUGCUUUCCUGGCUGGGCUUCAGUAUAGCAAAAAGUUAACGAAGCCGGCUAUUGUCGUGUGCCCCGCCACAGUCAUGAAACAAUGGGUCAAUGAAUUCCACCGUUGGUGGCCACCAUUUCGUGUGUCCAUUUUGCACACGUCUGGCAGUGGCAUGGUGAAUAUCCGGAAUGAAGCCAGCAGAGAAGACGCACUUUUGACUCAGAUACGAGAUACUCGCAGCAACCCCAGUAGUCUAAAAGCUGGUAGGAGGGUGGUUAAACGUGUCAUAGAGGAAGGGCACGUGUUGGUGACCACUUACUCUGGUCUGCAGACCUAUGCUCCUCUUUUGAUACCGGUGGAAUGGGGGUGUGCUAUCCUCGAUGAGGGCCACAAAAUUCGUAAUCCGAACACUUCUAUCACUAUUCAUUGCAAAGAGUUGCGAACGCCACACCGUAUCAUCCUCUCUGGCACUCCUAUGCAAAAUAACCUCACCGAGCUAUGGUCUUUGUUCGAUUUCGUCUUUCCCAUGCGCCUUGGGACGUUGGUGAACUUCCGAAAUCAAUUUGAAUUCCCGAUUCGGCAGGGUGGAUAUGCUAAUGCUUCUAAUUUGCAAGUCCAGACGGCCACCAAAUGUGCAGAAACACUCAAAGAUGCUAUGAGCCCGUAUCUUUUGCAGCGAUUCAAAAUAGAUGUGGCCGCAGAUCUUCCUAAAAAGAGUGAACAAGUGCUGUUUUGCAAGCUCACGAAAUUACAGCGGCAAGCAUAUAAAGCAUUCCUUGGCUCGGAAGAAAUGCAGUCCAUCCUAAGAGGACGGAGGCAGGUUUUGUACGGAGUGGAUAUUCUGCGGAAGAUUUGCAAUCAUCCGGACUUACAGGGCCACAAAUUACAUUCCCAUCAGACGAACUAUGGCAACGCUGCUAAAUCUGGGAAAAUGCAGGUGGUUAAGUCGUUAUUAGAAUUGUGGCGAGAUACGGGCCAUAAGACACUCUUGUUCACGCAACAUCGCAUCAUGUUAGACAUCCUUGAAAAAUUUGUGAAUUCUCUAUCUAGCUUUCAUUAUCGUCGAAUGGACGGCACUACACCUAUAGCUCGCCGGCAGUCGAUGGUCGACGAAUUCAACAACGAUCCUAAUCUGCAUGUGUUCCUUCUUACUACAAAGGUUGGAGGACUUGGUGUGAACCUCACUGGCGCAGAUCGUGUUAUCAUCUAUGACCCCGAUUGGAACCCGUCAACCGAUAUUCAGGCCCGUGAACGAGCAUGGAGGCUCGGACAGAAGCGAGAGGUUACUGUAUACCGACUAAUGACCGCUGGAACGAUCGAAGAAAAGAUCUAUCACCGCCAGAUAUUCAAGCAGUUCCUUACCAACAAAAUCUUGAAGGACCCCAAACAACGUCAGACUUUUCAACUGAGCGACUUACACGAUCUUUUCUCCCUUGGAGAUGAUGACCAAGGCCCGACUGAGACAAGUAAAAUAUUCAAAGAUGCUGACGUUACAUACGAUGAUAGUGGCGAUAGCCCUGCUCGGAAAGCAGAUACAACUAGUGGCAGAGACGGUGCCUUCCAAGGUCAACGAGAAAAGGAUCAAGAUGUCAGUAGUGUGCCAGGUGUCGCAUCAGUCGAGAAGUUUCAAGGCGAUCCUGAAAAGCCGGCUGAACACGAUCAGGGAUCGUCGACUGCAUCAGAAUCACGUAUCAUGGAAGGCAUCUUUGCCCGUUCUGGAGUUCAUUCUGCCCUGGAGCAUGACCAAAUUGUGAACGGCAGACGCGUUAUCCGAGCAGAUCCUAAAAUUAUCGAGGCUGAAGCCAAGAAAGUCGCCGCCGAGGCUGCCGAGGAGUUACGUCGAGCGGCAGAAGUAGCACGGUCUGUGCCUAUUGGGACACCAACUUGGACAGGUCAGUUCGGGUUUGCUGGAAAACCUGAAGAGACAGCGUUUGGUGGAAGUAGCAGCUCAGCGAGGCGAGCAACGGCUGGUCCAUCGUCAGCUAGUAUCCUGGCAAAUCUCUCGGCACGUACGUCUUCAUCCCGGAGCGGCAGCAACAGUCCUGCUCCGGCCAAGGCCUCCCCCAGCGGUAUCGACUUCAUAACGAGGAUCCGGGAUUUUAUUACGUCGCAAGGCGGGUCGGUUUACACACAGAUGCUGAUUGACCAUUUUAAUCGCCUCUGCACAACCCCUCAACGGUCAGCGGAAUUCAAGGAAAUGCUGAAGACGAUUGCAGUGCUAGAAAAGGGUGGCCGGAAUGGACGGGGGAAAUGGUCUUUAAAGCCCGAGUACAUCCCGAAAAGAUAG